GAGGGCAACACGCCGCCGGCUACGCCCCCCACCCGCUACACGCCGCCGGCUUCGCCUCCCCUACGACUUACGCUGGCGAGCGCGCGCAAGCUGCCAUGGACGCUGGUUGUGGAGCUUAGCGGGGACCUCCGCGGCGCAGCGCCCCCCGAGCACAGGUCAAACCCUAGCUCCUCGCCUCCCUCUAAUGGAACUUGAUGGUUAAGCACAUGCUUCAGAUGCAAUGUGAGCAUCUAGCAUGCGAAUGCUGUCACUUCUAACAUUUCUUGCCCGUGGAGUGUGGAGUGCCUGAUAAUAUUGUGCCUGACUUGCCUUUUUUUUCAGAAAAUGUGUGCCUGACUAGCUAUGAGUGAAUUGCACUUUUUUACCCCCUAAAUACUCCAUUUAUCAAAAGAUUCACCAAUGCACUGGAUUUAAAAUAUAGAUUCCAAAUGUAUAUUGUAUAACCACUUGCCCCCCUCCGACGAAACUGGUCCACUCCCAUGGCUGUUGUCCGGGAUGACACAUUGGAGGCAUAAGAUAGGAGUAAAUUCGAUUCAAAAUCAAAUGUGGAAUUCGGGAAAAAAUAUAUAGUAUAAUGGAGAAUAAUUUUCUGAAAUUUUACGGAGAAGAAAGGACUAGAACUGUAGGUAAAAAUCAAUACUAAAAACAAUAAUCAAAUGAGUCCAGGGUGUACAUUUUGAUACUUAGGUUAUAAAUCUGGUAUGUUGGUGCCAAAUUCCUUAAAUAGAGUAGUCACUGCCACUCAUAUCAUAUUAGAAGGUAAAAGGGGGAAUUUAGUUAAAAGUUAUACUGUACCUAUCAGUUUAUGAACUGAUAUGCUGUCUUGUCUCUUGUGUUGGUCAUUACCGUCCUUCUUUGUUAGGCAUAUUACAGCAGCUACUAUUCUCUACUGGCUGUAAAUGGAGCAGAACCUGGAUCCUGGUCCUGUUGAUAAAUCAGUUCUUGUGGACCAGGAGCUUCAUAAAUCAGAGGCUAUAUCUGUUGGGAAGGUGUAUAAACCUAUUAGAUUUAUUGAGCAUGGCACAAGACUUAACCAAUGGGAGGUGAAGCAUGAGGGAAUGCUUGCGAUAUUGCAGCGAGCUGGAUUUUACCACCUGCGUUUCUUGAAGAUGGUUCAGUUGGACCAUGCAUUGUUAAAUGCUUUGGUCGAAAGGUGGCGGCGUGAAACACAGACCUUCCACUUGCGGUUUGGAGAGAUGGCUGUGCUCUUGAAGGAUGUGGCCAUUCUUACUGGACUUCGCGUAGACGGUACUCCUGUAACUGGUGCAACAGGCUGUCAUUGGGAACAGUUGUGCUUAGAGCUACUAGGCCAAGAACCUCCACAGAUAAAAGGUGGUUCUAUCAACAUCGCGUGGUUGUAUGACACUUUUAGUAACUUGCCAGAAGGGGCUAAUCAGUCAGAAAUAGAGCAUGCUACACGGGCCUACAUAAUGUACCAAAUUGGCUGCAGCUUAUUUCCUGACCCAAGUGGGACUCGGGUGCACUUAAGAUACUUGGCACUGCUUCGUGAUUUUGAUGCCUCAGGGGAGAUGGCUUGGGGGGCUGCUGUUCUUGCUCACCUCUACAGAGAACUUGGAAAGGCUAGCAUGAAGGGCAAGGCUAACUGCUGUGCAUUUCUCACUCUUCUUCAGAUAUGGGCAUGGGAGCAUAUCCGGAUAGGCCGUCCUGAAAGGCUGGAGAAUAAGUCUCUAAACGGCGAUCAGCCCCUUGGAUGCAGAUGGGACGUACCCUUCAAGAACCGUGAAAAUGUCCGAUCCAUAGACCAGGAAUUUUACAGGCAUGGGCUUGAUACUAUAACAGAUUAUCAGAUAACAUGGGACCCGUACAAACCAAGUCUGAUCGAUGGCCUGCCUGCGCUAUGCACACUUGGAUCUGCAGUUUGGCAAGCAAGAACUCCAUUAAUCUGCUUCCAAAUAGUGGAAAUGCAUGUGCCUGAUCGUGUCUUACUACAAUUCGGAAUGAUGCAGCACAUUCCAGACCCAGUUGAGGCAGUUGAGCGUGUUACAAUGCAGGGAAAAACAGAUGAGGAUUGGUCUACCUACCAUGAGAAGUACAUUAAGGAAUGGGAUAACAGGCUCCAUUCAGUCGCUGGCCUGCACAAUGCCGUGAAUUCAGAUCCUACUCAUGCAAGGAAUUGUUACUUAGAGUGGUACUGGCAGAUCACGCGUCGAUGGAUCUCCACUCCAGUAGAGUGUCCGUUUAUAUCGUAUCAGUUAUCCGGGCACAGCGAGAAAGCUCUGAUUGAUCUGGUAAGUACGGUGCAGGGGCGAAUUAGAGCGUUGUUGUCAGGUGAAAUCGACGGGAAGAGGGUCAAAGAAUCACUUAAUGAUAUCGAUAUGUAUAUUACUUCUGAAAUGGAGAAAUCACAGCAUGUGCUGAUGAAACAGGCUGCUUAAACUACACGAAUCAACAUAUGGUUAUGCCCUCAACUGCGCUGCAGGCUAUGCAAAUUGUUGUUCCAACUGAAAUGAGAAACGGGAGUGUUGAAUCAGCGACGACCUGUUCAACUUCUGUGGAUUUUGCUCAAGCUACUGUUACAAAGCUGGAACAAGUCACUGAUGAUUGCAUGGAGCGAAAUACCAUGCUACAAUUGGACCAAACGAGGGAAAUUCAACCUGCAGGAGGAACAGCUGUAGGGCCUUGUCCUACAGGAGAUGACACUAGCAACUGGAGCGAGGAUGUGCAUCAUCAGAAAGAAGAUCCUCUUUCUGCGUCCACGACAGAAGUCAACCUGCGGGACAUAAUGAGCACACCGGUAGAGGAUGCUGUGACUGAGAUUAUGAAUACGUCUCCUAAGGAUGUUACGCUGGAGGAGACUUCAGAUGCAGAAAUGAAGAAUGGAGAAGGCCAUCCGCUAACUUCCUAUAUGCUCAUUGAGACUGUGGAGGCGCAGCAGGAUGUUGAGCCUAUGUAUAACAAUAGGAUCCGCAAGAAGGUUGAUCAUGAACCACAGGAGUGUGUUCAUGCACCUGUGAUUAACAGUCCAGAUGAGGAGAUUGUUCAUGUAUUCAGGAAAGACAAUUGCAUGGGCGCCACUCAUGUUGAUCCUGACAGCGUUGCAGGUCAGAAAACUGUGAGCAAAUCAUCAGAUGGUCCAGAAUCUUACAAGAUCUUGGGUGUAUCUUCACAUGAUGAUCAACUGCAAAAAGUCACUAGUCCAUCUGGGAAGGAUGAUAUAGUUGAUGACGUUGUGGACAUGAGAUCAGGCAGUAGUACAGGUCAGGGGGCGAUUGGUGAACCUUUCAAUGCCACUGGAUUUGGAGAGAACUCAAAUGCUUCCGAGAAUAAGCUAAGUUCAAUGCAAGAAGAUGCUGGACCUCCAUCGGGUUCUGAACAGGAAGAACCUGCUGCUGCCGUUUGCAGUGAGGGCCAUGUUGUUGGUGCCGCACAAAACCUUAUCGUGGGUGCCAAUGUUGAUUGCCAAAUUGGGAACGACGCUUUGGACCCUGCGAUCCUGCAAAAAAUUGCUGGCAUACCUGUGCCCGUCACUAGUGUUGGAGAGAAGCGUUUUAGUGAAUUCGAAGCAACGGACACAUUUGAAAAGGAGACGUCCACUGGUGAUGGGCAUCCUGAUCAGUAUGAUGAAAUAUCUACCAAAAGGAGGAAAGUGGCGGCUUCUUGGCAUGAAAAUGCAGGGACCCCAGAUACUAAAAUAGAGGGAAAUGCGAAAACUGAUGAUCAAACUUGCCAGUAUGUUAGAACUGGGAGCGCCCAGAUGAUAGCCUUCACAAGAAGGAAAACAAAUGGUGCACUGAUGCAGUCUUCUUCUCCCUGACUCCUAAUCCUAAUAUCUAGUUGAAGCACUGUAAGUAUUUUUUGGAGGCCGGUUUUGCUUAUGCAUGUACGUUGUUAUACGGAUGCGUAUUGGAAAUGAGCAAUGUUUCUUUCCAAUUUUGUAGUGUUGGAUCUUGCAAAAUAGUUGGCCGUAUGUUCAGGCAAAGUUUACGGGA